AGUGUUAAGGAUAUCGCGACCGGUGACACAAAACAAUAAAUAAACAAAUAAGCGACUAACAUGACGAAGGUAAAUUUCGAUUUCCGAACAUAAUAAAAAGCGAGAGUACUUCAAAAUAAAAGAUAGUCUAAUCACCUAAAAAUAAAAAUAAGGUCGUGGAAUGAUCGAGAGAAGCGAGACAAUGCGCGGCCUCGAAGAGGCAGAUAGAAUUUGACUUAAGUUCGCAUAACACGGUUUUUCUCGGUGGAGAGUAAAAAGUUUGUUGUUGUUAGAUCUUUGUGACACGAAUAAAUGCAGUGAAAUACAAUAUACUUUGCACCCUAAAUUAAUAUUUCCGGAUAAAAUAUCCUCUCCCGAUCCGCGAUAGUGGCGAAACAUUAAUUAUCGAACAAGCACGCGCCCCAAAAUAUUAUAUCUACAUAUAAUAUAUGAAAAAAUCUACAAACGGUUGAAUCAAUACUUAGAUGACUCGUGGUCGAUAAUACAGUGAAUCAUUUGUUCUUUACAUCAAUCUGUAAUUUAUUCUUUUUUCAUUAGUGUAAUAUCACAAGUCAUCAAUGCAGCAUUCAUAAAUAGUGAACAAAACGUUAAUGCGCGCUCAGUUAUUAUUCAUUUGGCUAACUGGUUUCAUUCGAUAAUAUAUAUACCAGAAGACUCUCAAAUUGUCCAUUUUCAUUCACUGUUUAGUGAAUUCACUUAUGGAUAGAAUAAAAUUGAUCGGAUUUAUGUGUUUGUUAUUGUUUUACGCUUGUCUUGAUAGGAAUGCAACCACCGAGUCAAACGAGUCCAAGAAAAGCAUAAUUCGACCUAAAUGGAACAACGCAGAAAUCAAUUCCGAUUUAAAUCUCAGCACUCCAGAGAUAAUUAAAAAAACGGGUUAUCCUUCGGAAACUCACGUUGUAACAACAAAAGAUGGCUAUAUUUUGACAUUACAUCGUAUCCCAGGUGAAAACGGCUCUCUACCUGUUUUACUAGUACACGGUGCUUUUAGCACUGACAUUGUUUGGAUCACUCUUGGCAAAGGCAAAGCACUCGCUUAUCUAUUAGCGGAUCAGGGAUACGAUGUUUGGUUGGGCAAUUUACGUGGUACUACUUAUUCGAGGGAGCACAUUUCCUUAUCAACAUCAGAAUGGAAAUACUGGGACUUUAGUUUUCACGAAAUGGGCAUCUAUGAUGUACCAGCGAUGAUUACAUAUAUUACGAAUAUGAGAUCACAACCAUUACACGCGUACAUUGGUCAUUCUCUGGGCACAUCUGGAUUUUACAUAAUGGCAACAGAGCGUCCAAAAAUUGCUAGAAAGGUGAAAAUGAUGGUCAGUUUCGGACCAGGAGCUUUUGCAGAUCAUAUGAGAAGUCCAACACGACUAAUACUUUAUUUGAUAAAUGAGAUUGAGCCAAUAUUGCGAUUAUUGUUCCAUGACGAAUUAAUCCCGCAAAGUGCUUAUAACAUACUAAAGACGUUAAUUGGUUGCAACCUGAAUUUUUAUUUUGCGGAGGUGUGCGCCAAUUUUCUCAUAUUUACUCCCAACGGUUACGACCCCGAGCAAUUAAAUUUAACUCAUCUGCCAUUUAUCGUAAGCCACUUACCCGCCGCCGUCUCGGUUAAGACUGUAGUGCACUAUGUUCAAGUAAUCCAAUCGGGUAAGACUCGUCAAUAUGACUACGGUCCAACGAAAAAUCUCAUGAUAUAUAAAUCGGUGGAACCUCCAGAGUAUAAUCUAUCGAGUAUCACGCUACCGAUGGCGAUAUACUACAGCAACAACGACUUGUUUGCAGAUCCCAUUGAUGUGAAGAGGUUGUACAAUUUACUACCCAACGUAAUAGAUAUGUACGAAGUGCCGCGGCCCAGUUUUAAUCACGCGGGCUUUAUUUGGGCUAAAGAUGCGCCAAAGCUUUUGUACGAAAGAGUUUUGAAGAUCAUGAAAGAAAAUUAUUCAAGCAGCAUUUUGUAACCACGAUAUGGGUAGGUCCUAAUCGGUGAAUCAGUGGAAUUGGCCAACAACCAACUUUUACGACACCAACUACCGAUUUGCUUACGACUGAUCAAUCAAACGCUUCACGUUUGAAAGAUGAGAAAAAUGGUAGAGUCACCGAUGUAUUAAGACUUACAUCUUACGACUUCUGACUACCGACUCAUUGUAGACCCGGCUUUAUCCUCGCGGAAGAGUCCGUAAUAAUCGAUCGACCGUAUGUCCUUCCACGAAAGAAUUUAUCGAUUGCUAUUUCGUAAUUGCAUCGUGCUGCAAUUACAAGAUAAUCGAAUGCAUUAGAAAAGACAUAAUAAUAUAGCCAUCUCGCGCGUUGCAAAUUGAAAGAGCAUAAUCGCGAAAUAGCAUAAUAUUUCAUGGAUGUUUGCAUAAUUUCCAUGUCGAAAUAGAAGACAAUAGCUAUAUAAAAAAAAAAAAUGA